CCCGUGGCUGCGGGCAUAGGGUAGGACAGAAGGAUCCCCCAGCCCGCCACCGCCGUCAGCCAUGUCGACAGGUGAGGCCAAGGCGAAGGCCGAGGCCCAGGAAUCCGGUGGCAGGAACAAGUCCAGCAGUCCCCGCCAAAUCCCGGUAGUUGGGGUGGUGACGGAGGACGAGGAGGCACAGGGUGUUUUUAAGCCUAUGGACCUUAAUCGUGUCAUCAAACUCCUCGAAGAGACUGAUAAAGAUGAUUUAGAAGAAAAACAACUUAAAUCCGUCAAGAAACUGGUGCAAUGUUAUCAGAAUGGACUUCCCAUAAGGGAUUUAGCACAGAUAUUUAAAAUUCUGAAUCUGUGUGCAGGAAAAAUUGAAAAACAGCCCCGUUUUGUAGAAUCUGCAUCUGAUAUCCUAAAAUUGUGUGGAUUGCCAUUUUUGAAAAAGAAAGUAUCAGAUGAAAUCACUUAUGCCGAAGAUACUGCUAAUUCAAUUGCACUUCUGGGUGACUUAAUGAAAAUACCAAAUUCUGAAUUGAGGAUACAAAUUUGUAAGUGUGUUGUUGACUUUUAUCAUGCAGAACCACCAAAGAAACAUAUUCCAGGUUACCAGCAAGCUAGUUCAUCUUACAAGAUUAAAAUGGCUGAAAUUGGAGGAUUGGCAAAAACAAUGGUCCAGUCAAUGACCUUGCUUGAAAAUCAACUUGUUGAGAAACUUUGGGUACUUAAAGUUCUGCAGCAUCUCUCAACUUCUGAAGUUAAUUGUACUUUAAUGAUGAAAGCACAAGCAGCCAGUGGAAUCUGUGCUCACCUCAAUGACCCAGAUCCUUCUGGACAGCUUCUGUUUCGUUCAUCAGAAAUACUUUGGAACUUAUUGGAAAAAUCUUCAAAAGAAGAAAUCAUACAACAGCUUAGUAACUUAGAAUGUUUGCUGGCUUUGAAGGAAGUGUUUAAAAAUCUGUUUAUGAGAGGUUUUAGUCAUUACGAUCGUCAGCUUAGAAAUGAUAUAUUAGUGAUCACUACAAUUAUAGCUCAAAACCCUGGAGCACCAAUAAUCGAAUGUGGCUUUGCCAGAGAUUUGAUACUAUUUGCAACCUUUAAUGAAGUUAAAAGUCAAAAUCCUUUGGUAAAAGGUCUUAAGCUUUCUAAUUCCUAUGAAGAUUUUGAGUUGAAGAAAUUGCUAUUCAAUAUGAUUGUUAUCUUAUGUAAAGAUUUACCUACUGUACAGCUAUUAAUUGAUGGCAAAGUUGUUUUGGCUUUGUUUACCUAUGUUAAAAAGCCUGAGAAACACAAAAUAAUCGAAUGGUCUGCCGCACAGCAUGAAGAAUUACAACUGCAUGCAAUUGCCACUUUGUCAACAGUGGCUCCUCUAUUAAUAGAAGAGUACAUGUCAUGCCAGGGAAAUGCUCGAGUCCUUGCAUUUCUAGAAUGGUGUGAGAGUGAAGAUUCCUUCUUUAGUCAUGGUAACAGUUUUCAUGGUGCAGGUGGCCGUGGCAACAAGUUUGCCCAAAUGCGUUACAGUUUAAGACUCCUAAGAGCCAUGGUCUACCUUGAAGAUGAGACUGUAAACAUAGAUCUUUGUGAAAAGGGAGCAAUUCAGCAACUCAUAGGAAUCUUUAAAAAUAUGCUAAGCAGGACUAAUGAAAAGGAAGAGGCCAUUGUUUUGGAAAUCCAGUCUGAUAUAUUACUUAUCUUAUCUGGUCUUUGUGAACAUCAUAUUCAAAGAAAGGAAAUUUUUGGAACUGAUGGAGUAGAUAUAGUUCUUCAUGUAAUGAAAACAGACCCCAGGAAGUUACAGAGUGGCUUAGGCUAUAAUGUACUUCUCUUUAGUACAUUGGACAGCAUUUGGUGCUGCAUUUUGGGAUGUUAUCCCUCUGAGGAUUACUUUCUUGAAAAGGAAGGCAUUUUUCUCCUUUUGGAUUUAUUGGCAUUGAACCAAAAAAAAUUCUGUAAUCUAAUACUUGGAAUAAUGGUUGAAUUUUGUGAUAAUCCCAAAACUGCAGCUCAUGUAAAUGCUUGGCGAGGGAAGAAGGAUCAGACAGCUGCUAGUCUUUUAAUUAAAUUGUGGAGAAAGGAAGAAAGAGAGCUAGGAGUAAAACGUGAUAAAAAUGGGAAAAUCAUUGAUACAAAGAAACCUCUAUUUACUAGUUUUCAAGAAGAGCAAAAAAUCAUGCCACUGCCUGCUAACUGCCCAACUAUUGCAGUUAUGGAUGUUGCCGAGAAUAUCAGAGCAAAAAUUUAUGCUGUAUUGGGCAAACUAGAUUUUGAAAAUUUACCAGGACUAUCUGCUGAAGAUUUUGUCACCCUCUGCAUCAUACAUAGAUAUCUUGAUUUUAAAAUUGGAGAAAUAUGGAAUGAAAUAUGUGAGGAAAUAAAAUUGGAAAAGUUAAGACCAGUCACUACAGAUAAAAAAUUUUUGGAAUCUAUUACAACAGCAUCAGAAAAUAUUGGAAAGAUGGUUGUUUCUCUUCAAAGUGAGAUGAUUGAAAGCCAAGCACGCCAAGAUGUGCAAAAUGAACAAAAAGUAUAUGCAAAAAUUCAAGCCACACAUAAGCAAAGAGAACUGGGUAAUAAAUCAUGGGAAAAUUUCUUGGCUAGAACAUCAAAUGCUAAAAUGUUAAAGAAAGCAAAAAGGCUUCAAGAAAAAGCUAUAGAAUCCUCUAGAUAUAAAGAGCAACCACAAAAUGCAAUAUUUCAUCAAACAGAUAUAAAAGGCCUUCACACAACGGUGCCCUCUGGUCGGGUAGUAACAGUGGAAAGCACUCCUGCUCGAUUAGUGGGAGGACCUCUGGCUGAUACAGAUAUUGCUCUUAAAAAACUGCCUAUUCGAGGAGGAGCCUUGCAGAGGGUAAAAACAGUUAAAACUGUGGAUGAGCCAAAAAAGAGUGUUCCUACAUAAUAUACUCUAGAGAUAUUUUGAAGUAAAUUCUGCUUAUAAUUUUUUAGCUAAAUAUCUUUAUAUACAAAUAUAAAGCAAAUAGAAUAAAUAUUUUAGUAAAAUAAUUAUAAAAAUAAAAAUAAGGACAUAUAAUUUAUUUUUAUUGGAAACAACAUAUAAUAUCAGAAGAGUUGUCAUCAAUUUCUUUGGAAAGACUACUAAUUCUCUUAACUGAAAUUGGAAAACAUAGUAUAUCGUUAGGACUCUUUUGGUCACAUGUGAACUAUUCCAACUAGAUUAAGUCAAAAAAACUUUUUUACAAGCUCUGUAUCUAUCAAAUCUAGAAGUAAUUUAGACUACAGACAUUGUGUGAUCUAGGAACUGAAACUAUAUAGGAGGAUCUUCUUUCCUAGUAGCUCCUGGCUUACAUUCUCUGAGGUUCAUAUCCAGCAGAGAAGAGUCUCAACAGUUUUUACAACGGCCUCUGCAUCUUGAGACCCCUGAUUGGCCACAUGCCCAUUCCUGAGCCAUUCACCAUAACUUUGGCCAGAUCUGAGUACUGCCUAUUCCUGGAGCCAGAAGCAGGCCAACCCUAUCCAAAGCAUAUGGAUGGAGUGGGGAAUCAGGGUACUGUACUAUAUCAGAAGUAUGUGUGAAUACUGGGCAGCAAAAUAAACAUUAACUGUGCAAUAGAUAUGUUGGUCAAAGUAAAAUAAGUUAUCUCUGCUAUAAAAAGCAACUGUUAGUCAUGAGCUAAACAGUAAAAAUAAAAAAUAAAAAUACAGAUGAUUUUA